AUGGCGACUGCUGUACAAAACUAUCCCGACGUUGACGAAAACGCCAAAGAGGUUUACGCCGAGCUCAACGGAGAUGAGGGUCUUGAUGUAGACGGAAAUGACAGUAAGCGCUUGCCCGAAUCUACCGACAUACAGCCAAAAACGAUAUCCGGCGACGCAUCAUUAACUGGUGUCGAGAGAGACUGUGAAAAGCAGCGAGAAACUACCGAACCUGUCCCAGUAAGGGUUAUAACGGGGUGGAGAUGGGUCCUAAUAAUUUUUUCCAUUCUCUCAUCGACUUUUCUAUUUGCUCUCGACAAUACUAUUGUGGCAGACAUCCAGCCCGUAAUCGUCCUGGAAUUCCAAUCUAUCUCCAAAAUUACAUGGCUCAGCGCAUCAUUCCUCAUUGGCGCCGCCUCAACAAAUCUCAUUUGGGGCAAGAUAUUCGCUCAAUUCGAUGCAAAAUGGACUUACAUACUUUGUGUGUCUAUGUUUGAAGUCGGCUCUGCUAUAUGUGGCGCAGCACCCAACAUGGAUACAAUGAUUAUCGGACGAGCUAUUUGUGGUGUUGGUGGUUCAGGAAUGUACGUGGGGGUAAUGACAUUGCUGGCUGCCACCACUACCAUUAAAGAACGACCUAUUUACAUUGGCAGCACAGGAUUAACAUGGGGCCUUGGUACAGUAUUGGGUCCUAUCAUUGGCGGCGCUUUCACCGUCAGCUCUGCCAGCUGGCGAUGGGCAUUCUACAUCAAUCUGUGUAUUGGAGCAGCCUGUGCUCCAAUUUACAUUUUUAUCAUUCCAAGUUGCAAUCCUCGUCCAGGUGUUAGCUUUCUCAACCGUGCUCGGGAAAUGGAUUAUGUCGGUGGAACUCUCACUAUCGGGGCAUUUGUCUCAGGUGUGAUGGCAAUUUCUUUUGGCGGAGUGGAGUAUCCGUGGUCUUCGGCAAAAAUAAUCGGGAUGUUCGUAUGUUCAGCUACACUUUUCAUACUACUAGGUCUACAACAAGCUUACUGCAUAUUCACCACUAAAGAACGUCGUGUGUUCCCUGUCGAAUUUUUCUCGUCACGGACCAUUCUCACCGUCUUCGCCUGUACAGCUGCUGGCGGUGCUGCCACCUUCACCCCUAUCUACAUGAUUCCAAUUUUCUUUCAAUUUACUCGAAGUGACACUGCAUUGGAAGCAGGUGUCCGCCUCCUUCCAUACAUUUUCAUUCUUAUUUUCGGAAUUGCAGUCAAUGGUGGUGUACUAUCUGCAUAUGGUCUCUACAUGCCAUGGUAUACCGCAGGAGGUAUUUUCACCAUUAUCGGGGGUGCACUAAUGUACACCAUUACUAGUAGUACAUCAGUGGCAAGCGUAUACGGUUACAGUAUUCUUCUCGGCUGGGGUAACGGACUAUUUGUACAAUCUGGAUUUUCAAUAGCUCAGGCUGUGGUCGAGCAGCAUCUCCUUCCGCUUGCGAUAGGAUUCAUCACGUGCGCACAAGUAUCUGGCAUCACGAUAGCCCUUGCUAUAGCCAAUUCUAUAUUUUUAAAUAAAUCGGAAAAAUCUCUCGCUGCCAUUUUGCCGGGAACUUCCCGUAGUCAAAUUGACAGAGCAAUAGCUGGAGCAGGAAGCGCCUUUGUCGCAGAUCUCGACAUUGAUCUUCAGAAAAAAGUACUAGAGGCCAUUGUUGAGGCCAUCUCGACUGUUUACUCGCUCUGUAUCGUUGCGGGUGCUGUUGUGCUUGUUAUGAGCAUGUUUAUGAAGCGGGAGAAGCUAUUCAUCGCCGCGGCUGGUGCCGGAUAA